UAUAGUAACCAGAGUUCAUUGUAUGAGGUAGCAUCAUUUGGUUAUCAAAUACCAUUCUAUGUUGCUAAUAUGACAGGUAGUCAUUAUGAGAUGGGCUAUGCAUAUGGUACAUUCUUUGCAGAGGCAAUACUAGAGGUGUACAAUAAUCUAAUGUAUUCAAUCCUUCCAAAUACCGAGGAUAUCGAUGCAAUGGAGUUGUUCAUCGAUUGGCAGUACCAAGACUUCCUCUCCAAACAAAUGCCCAAAGACUUUGUCGAUGAGAUGCAAGGUGUUGUCGAUGGCGCCACAUCCGUCGGUAUGCCAGACCUUGGUCCCAUCCUCCAUCGUGCUAUUACCCUUGCCAACUUCCCAGGUGAUAUCGAGGCCAACAUCGAAUACCUUCUCAGUGGACUACAAUGCUCUCACUUUAGUGUCUGGGGAAACAGAACUGUCAAUGGCGAUAUGUUCAAUGGAAGGAAUCUGGACUGGUUCGCUGGCACUGGAAUAUCUCAACACAAGGUGCUCGCUGUGUAUCAUCCAACUGAUGGUUACUCACACCUUAGUGUUAGCUUUGCAGGAUUGGUUGGUGGAAUGACUGGCAUCAGUUCAAAUGGUAUCUUCACGGCAGAGUCAGACAGUGACUCCAAGUUGGUGACAUUCGAGGGCUUUGCAUGGGCAAUGCGUAUUAGAUGGGUAAUGGAGCAUGCUCAGAAUAUUGAUGAGGCACUUCAGUUGUGGCGUUCAACAAACAACACAAUGGGAAUGAAUCAUAUGUUGUCAUCGGCAUUCGAGUCGUUGAGCAAUCCGCAUCCAGCAUACGCAUUGGAGACAAUGCAGGGAUACACAGCCUUCUUCCCAGACAACGAUCCAAACGAGAUCUUCUACUAUGCCAACAGCAACCCACCCAUCCAAAUGGGCUAUCCCAUCCCACAGGCAGUGUGGCGCACCAAUCACGGCUAUGAUGCCACCAUCAGGAAGGAGCAGACCUUUGUACAAUCACCUGAUGGAGACUCAAUGGUUCGCUACAUGUUGUUCCACGACAACUUUGUACACUUUGAGUCGACUGGUGCCAAUGCCAUCGAUGAGCUCAUUGCAGUCAAUAUCACAUCUAUCACUGGUGACAAGAACAACACAGACUUUUACAGCUGUGAGGAGGCUUGGAACGGAGGCAAUGUCAUCUCAGCCACCUUCCAUUCCCAGAACAACACCAUGUUUGUUGCCUACGAGGAGGGUACCGGUAUGAAUCGUCUAUGUGCAUGCUGUAACGUAUACGUCCAUAUCGACCUCUCCCUUUGGUUUGGCAGUGCCUCAGCUGUACCAGAGCCAAACAUCCACUCUUCUUCAUCCUCGAGAUCAAACAAUAGAUCU